UUUGCUCGUCCAAUGCUACCAUAAUUCACACAACAAAGGCCCCCGCACUGUCUUGACACAUGCUCACAUCAGUUCUUAUCAUUUCUGAACGUCCGUCUUCUCGUUUGCAUCCACUCAUCAUUUGGCUGAAUAACUGCUCCUUCAGACGUCUGCUUGCCCUUUGCUUUGACGCACGCCGGUUUUGAAGUGGCCCCUGAAUCAGCUCCUUGUGUUACUAAUCAUGGUGUCAAAUAUGCGGCACUCAGCGAUGCUAAAGGCGCAAGCCGAACGUCUGAGACGAGAUUUUGACGACCUCAUCUCCAAGUUGAUUGUUGAUGAGGAUACCGCGCGGUAUGACUACGAACGGGAAGUGCCCCAACUAGAGCAACAAAUCCGCGGGGGGGAGGAGACCAUCGAGCGAAUACAACAAGAAAUUGAGGUUGGUCAAAACCGGAUUAUUCAGUUGCGGGAUGCCCUACGGGCCGCCACUGAGGAUAGACGCGAAGUUGAGGCCAUAUUCGGUUGUUUGAGUAAGACCAAGGAUCACCUCAGGCUCAAAACCCACAUGUGCAAACAAUUGGACUGCUGCAGUGCUGCAUUGGGAAGGGCAAUUAGAUUAGGCACCUUUCUAAAGGAAGUAGGAACCUAGUGAGGUACCAUCUGAUUCAUAAUAAUUCUGGACCCCUCUGUGAUGGGACAAUUCUUU